AUGUCGCUGGUGGAAAUUGCAUCGGACUCCGCUAUGAGGGAAGAAAGAAUCCAAAAUAUUUAUAAGUUUUGUACGCCGCAACUGAUAGACUUCUGGAUAUGCAUGAACCAAACAAUACAAGAGGUGGUGUCAGGAUCUGGAUGGUGGGGCCGUGCGUGCUGUUCCUUAGGCCAUUCGCCCUCGUGCCGUCGCGCCUGCGCCACAGUUUCUGAUGCCAGAUCUCUGUCCACUGCCUGUCGGCGCUCAGAUGAAAUUGCGUUUUUCGAUUGCGUACAGAAGCAACAAGAGGCUCAGUGGUGUUGUUCUCAAACCCAAUCACUAAGCUGUCAUGAAGAUUGCUCUCGCGCUUUAUGGCGUGUGGGUCAGACACGGGCCAACGUUUCGGACCGUGACCGCGCUGUUCAAGCUUGUGAUCAAUCGCCACCACUGUUACGAUGCCUCUCAGAAUUAACAGCAUCAACUGUACAUACUGAUACCUCUAAGUAUCUGCCAUGCUGCCACGAGUCUCCAAGUACAGAAUGCAGAAGUACUUGCGAAUCCGUGCUUCGAAGGACCGGUGAGUCCCAGGAAAUAGCCGAGGCCCUUUCACAAGAAUGUGGGGCACCCGCCAUUCAUGACAACAUGUGGCAAUGCUUCCUAAGAAAGGACGCUCCUCCAGACACCAAAGAUGUUAUUCCACAUGAUGUUGCCAAGUUGCAUUGCUGUCAAAAAGGAGCAACAAUAAAUUGCAGAAGACUGUGCUUCAAUACAUUCAACUCGGGAUGGCAAAACAAUUGGCAGAAAUUUUAUACGGAAUGUUUGGGUGACCCUCAAGAGACAGAAUUGGCUGAGUGUAUCGAAGAAGUUGAAGCCCCAUGCUCGCUGGGUUGUGCGGGUCUGACAUACUGCAGUCAGCUGAACAACCGACCAGCUACUUUGUUUCGGUCUUGUUCCGCUCAGGCAGACCUUGAUGCGCACUUGGCUGUGGCUGAACAGAAGGGAUCUGGGUAUGUAACAGUAGCAGGAAGCGUCGCCUGCGCACUGCACGUUAAACCGUGUACAGCCAAGGGUCAUAGCAGCCUCCUAUGUAUGGACGACUGUCUGAAGUUAGUCUCGUCGUGUGUUGAAUGGUCUCGCGCGCCCUUGUCUGCGCCCGCCCUUUGCGCGAGACUCGCUCCAAGACACGAGAACGCACCUUGUGUUUCUCUCACGGACUUCAUGGCGCCCAGUCAAGAACCUCCCUUACUAUCAGCGGGUGAAGCAGUGCGGUCUCCGUGCGCAGGCGCACCGUGUAAUUCCUCACAAGUGUGUGCGCUCAACAGAAGUUGUGUCUCGAGCGACUCCUGCGCACGAUACACCUGUGUUGAAGGAUGUCCUUUAGGUGACGGUAGCCCGUACGUAGUGCCAAUAGGGUCGUGGGUUCGAGUCCCGAUGCCGUGCGCAGCUCAGAAAGUAUGCAUCAAAGUCUGCCGAUGCUCCAGCCGAGGUCUCACCAACUGCCAACCGCUACCCAGCGUAGCUUUGGAUAAUUGCCGGCUACACGAUAAAAUUGUUAAACAUGGUGAGAAAUACUACAUGGAGUGCAAUCCGUGUCGCUGCGCUUGCGGCGAGCGUGUGUGCGGCCGCCGCGCCUGUGGACGAGCGGCCCUACUCACGGGUCUGCCUUGCAAUUGUCCGCCGCAUCAUUUGCCCGUCACUACCCCUGGACGGCUCUAUCCCAACGCUUGUCUUGCGAAAUGCGCAGGCGCAACGGACGGUGAGAUAGAGUUCAGUGCGCGUGCGCCGUGCGCCAACGCGGCCUGUCCACGAAGACACGUGUGCCUGCCCGCUACUUCUGUUUGUCUAUCACGAUUGCAACUCGAUUGUCCUCAAUAUACUUGUGUGAACAUAACCCAUUGCCAUAGUCAGCCAUCAUCUCCCGUGUGUGACACAGACGGACAUACACACACGAAUCCGUGUCAUCUUGUCAUGAGUGGGAGGAAACUGGCCUAUUGGGGACAUUGUCUGCAAGGAUGCUCCGCGAGUGGCACAGUGUGUGGGGUCAACGGAGUCACAUACUCAUCAGAAUGUGCGGCUUGGGCUGAAUAUGUGAGCGUAGACUACUUCGGCCCUUGCUUCGCGGUCGGACCCAUCUCCGAUGCAAUGGAACCCAAAUGUCAAUUGGACAGAAUCCUUUGCCCGCCAUUAAAAACACAGUCCUGCCUCGGCUUCACGGCCCCCGGGGCUUGCUGCCCAAAAUGCGGUGGCGCCCUCCGAAUACUAUAUUCAAAGAAACAGAUCGACAGGGCGCUCUACGGCACGAACAUCUCUGCCUCGGUCAUUAAUCUGAAAAAUGUCCUCUCGUCCUUGGAGCGACACGUCAAAGUUUCAGAAUGCGCGUUAAGAGGGUACUUGACUAUCGAGAUGGAAAUAUUUGUGACGGUAGAAUCGAUUUUGAGACACCCGACGGAUUUGCAGUUGAAGGUUUGCGUUUUGGAAGCUGAGAAAAUCGCCGAUCUCAUUAACCGGGACAGUGCGUUGAUAACGAGUGAUUUAGGGUUAAGUGCAUUAUCGUAUGCUUUAACUGUUCACACUGUUCCCACUCAAGGAGUUGGAACAUUAUCCAUGUCUCUUGUUACCUUAGCGUUUUCGUUUAUAAGUGUUGUAUUGAGAUAA